AUGUUCAAGAAACUUCUUCUUCUGAGUCUGGCAUCUUUGGCCUUGGGUCAAGAUGAGGCACCUACAAACGCCACCGUCACCGAUGAGGAGAUGGGCCCUGCCGCUUUCAUGUGGCCUCCAGACCGUGUUUGGUCGGGAGACAUGGAUAAUAGGGCUCCUUGUGGCUCGCGAGCCGGGGCAGGGAACAGAACCGAUUUCCCUCUAACUGGCGGUGCUGUUUCCCUUGUUGCGCAGGAUGAUUACUACAACACAAAGAUCAGCAUCUCAUAUUCAAGUGACCCUUCAUCGAACAACGAUUUCGAGACUCUCAUCCAAGAGAAGAGUAUUUCAGACCUCAACCCAGGACACAGCUGUGUCAAAGUUCCCGACGCGCCGUCAAGUGUUUCAGCAGGCGACAAUGCAACACUCCAGAUUAUCUACCGCGCCGACUGGGACGCUCCUCACAAUCAAACAUUUUACGCAUGCGCGGACAUCACGUUCGUCUCAAAGGCAGAUUUCAAAUUUGCUAUUCCCUGCUUCAACGCAACAGAACCGGGUGACGAUGACAAAGCGGCUGGUGCAACAGCUGAUCCUAGUGCAACUGCUACGCAUCUUCAUACCUCUGACGAUGACUCUGAUGAGGAGAAGAAAGAGAGUGGUUCAAAGAAAUUAAGUGGCGGUGCUAUUGCUGGCAUUGUUGUUGGCUCUGUGGCAGGUGUUGUCUUAAUUGUCGGUGCGGUUCUGUUUAUUUUGCGACGAAAGCAGCAGGCCAAGAGAAACUCAAGGAUUGCACGUAUGGAAGAUAACGCCCGUAAACAUCAGCUUGCGACAGAUGGUUCACAGCCAAGUAUCUAG